GAAUGAGCCAGCCUGGACUGCCCUUGAUUGGGGGCUGCUGAUAGUAGAGAGGCAGCAGAGAGCAAAUGGCGAGGGCUGGCCCUUGCAGGAUGGCCCUGAGCUGAGAUGGAGAGAACGGGUUAGUCACUGAGAGUCUUUAACUCAUGUAUCUGGACCGCCCCUCCAAUCUGCUAGGAGCACAGAAGGAUCUGCAACAGGAAGCCUCUCAGGUUGCCUCGGAGAAGUCUGGGAGAUGCUGUUGGCCCAAGGCUGUGCCCCAGGAUGACUGCCUCACAGAGACCCUCCAAACCCCAGACGCCAACUGCCUGAGAGGGCCUUGUCUUCUUGCCCCCAGACUGGAAGAGGAAGAGCGGCCAUUGCACAGGGGAAGGCUGGACAUGUCUGAGGCGCUGUCCUGUCCCAGCAAUGAGACCCCUGCCCCAGGCUGCGGGCUGGGGGCCCUGUACUGGGCCUGUGUCCAUAAUGACUCCACCCAGCUCCAGGCCAUACUGGAUGGUGGGGUCUCCCCAGAGGAGGCCACCCAGGCAGACCGCAAUGGGAGGACAGGCCUCAUGGUCGCAUGCUACCACGGCUUCGGGAAUGUUGUGGCCCUGCUCAGCCGCUGUUCUUUCCUGGAUGUGAACCAGCAGGACAAAGAUGGGAACACAGCACUCAUGCUGGCUGCCCAAGCAGGCCACGUGCCUCUGGUGAGUCUCCUGGUCAACUACUAUGCGGGCCUGGACCUGGAGCGCCAGGACCAGCGGGGGCUCACAGCGUUGAUGAAGGCUGCCAUGCGGGACCGCUCUGAAUGCGUGGCUGCCCUCCUCAUGGCAGGUGCUGACCUGACAGCAGUGGAUCCUGUUAGGGGCAAGACAGCCCUGGAGUGGGCAGUACUGACCGACAGCUUCGACACAGUGUGGAGGAUCCGGCAGCUGCUGCGGCGGCCACAAGCGGAGCAGCUCAGCCAGCACUACCAGCCCGAGUGGCCGGCCUUGGCGGGGCUCGUGGCCCAGGCCCAGGCCCAGGCCCAGGCUGCUCCAUCCCUCCUAGAGCGGCUACAGGGCACCUUGAGCUUCCCCUUUGCCCAGUCCCCUCAGGAGGGGGGUGUCCUGGACCACCUUGUGACUCUCACGACCAGCCUGGCCAGUCCCUUCCUCACCACUGCCUGCCACACUCUGUGCCCUGACCACCCGCCUACACUGGGCACCCGAAGCAAGUCUGUGCCAGAGCUGCUAGGUACUGCCCCGCCCCCUCCCCCAGCUCCCUCCCCUCCCCCGGUAGUCCCUGGACCCCAAGCCUUUGUCCCCUACCAGAGCCCGCAGGGCAUAUUGAGUGUGUGUCCUCAGUGGCUACAGCCCAGGGACAGUACCAGCCCGAGGCCCCAAGUCCCCAAGAUCCUCCUCUCUAAGGCAUCUUCAUCCUCCAGCCAGUGCAACCGGAACCCCAGUCAGGCAGGGCAUCGAUGUCUGGCCCUUCCUCUCUGGCCAUACCAGCAGCUCAGGAUGGAGAGGAGGAGGCAGGAGGAGGAGGGCUAGGCCAGGCUGGGAUCAGGUAAUCAGGCCUCUCCCUAGGCUCCUCUUCCCUUUAGAGCCUCUUCUGCCUUCCCAUCCACCUCUGCCUAAGUGCAUCUGCUCUCAACCUAUAUACAAGGUCAUUCAUUACAACGUCGAUUCCAACAGUAAAAGGGUGGAAACAACCUAAGGGUCCAUCAACAGGCUCAGUGGCUCAUGCUUGUAAUCCCAGCAUUUUGGGAGGCCGAGGCAGGAGGAUCACUUGAGCCCAGGA